GAAAUUUAUUGUACAACCUGAUGGGCGCUGUCUUGAACGUGCUGCUGAACAUCAUAGCAGUCGCCAUCCAGUUCCCCUUGUUGGUGCUGCACACUCUUGGCCUCGAAAGCGUGCUUGCGUCCGUUCAGUCGCCCUUCAGCAAACCCGAUAACGUUUCGUCAACAGUACCGCGGAACUCCCCAGAAAUCUCUCCUACAAGGAGAGUCAAAGGAGAUUGUCGCUUCCACGACAGAAUUCUCGAUGCAGUAGAUAUCGUGCAGAUAGUGCAUGCCCAUGGAUACAAAGUGCACGAACAUGUUGUCCAGACUAGAGACGGAUAUUUGCUGUCAAUCCACAGAAUAAUAGCAAAGAACGCCCCGAAAAACGCGCCAGUUGUGCACAUGCAUCAUGGUCUGCUCACUAACAGCGAGCUCUUUGUGCUGGGAGACACCACAUCACGUUGUCUUCCGUUCCGCCUAGUGGAACUGGGCUAUGACGUUUGGCUAGGCAACAAUCGCGGGAAUAAAUAUUCUCGUAAGCAUCUCACGUUUUCUUCACGCGAUGUCAGGUUUUGGGACUACUCGUUGGACGAGUUUGCUAUGUUCGACAUUCCAGACACCAUAGACUACAUUCUGUGCGCUACCAACCAGAAAGAUCUCACCUACAUUGGCUUCAGCCAGGGCUCUGCACAGUGUCUGGCUGCCUUAUCACUGGAUUGUUCGCUCAACUCCAAAAUCAAACAAUUCAUAGGGCUCUCGCCGGCAAUGAUUCCUAAAACGCUCAGUCAUCCACUGCUGAAGUUUUUUGUCAACUCUGCGCCAAACCUCAUGUACAGACUCUUUGGACGUCGUGCGAUUCUUCCGUCAGUUGUUUUUUGGCAGAAGCUGAUGGGCCCGCAGUGGUACCAAGCCGUUGUGGACAGGUCUCUAGUCUUUCUUUUCAACUGGAAGUCGCAUAAUGUCACUGAAUCCCAAAAGAAAGUCGGCUACGCGCAUAUGUUCUCACCUUCCAGUGUGAAAAGUGUGAUCCACUGGUUUCAAAUUAUAAGCAGCGAAAGAUUUCAGAUGUAUGACGAAGGAGGCGCUUCCGGCUCAAAGCUGGUGUACUUGAGCGGAGCUACUUCGAAAACCAAUAGAGUCGCGCCAUUCCCCACGCUGACCAUUACCACCCCAAUGUUGCUCGUUUACGGGAUGUCAGAUUCUCUUAUCGAUAUCGACAAGACCGUCGACCAGCUCUCCUGUCCGGUACAGGUUGUGGGUAUAGAAAAUUACGAGCAUAUGGAUACCCUUUGGGCCUCGGACGUGGAAGACAGAGUCUUCCUGCCUGUCAUCAAGUUCCUGGCUGGUUAUGAGUUAACAGUUCGCUAAUAAACUACAAAUAUAGUAUAAUGUUGUGUCAAUCCUUGCAGUCGACCCCAUACGGAUGCACGAAGGCGGGUCCUUAGAAGCUACAUACAGCUUCAGAUGGUCGACUGCACCCAAGAUUGACACGUUGUUCUCCAGUACAAGCGUAAAGACCGAAGUCUGGCACCAGAAUCCGUGAUGUCCUGGGUCAGAGCGCUCCCGAAAGAGGCUCAACCUCGAAAGGAUGCGA